AUGAAUUAAUUUUACUCUUUUCUUCAAUAUUUAAAAAGUGGAAAUUAUAUUGGUGAUGAAUGUGCAUCAAGCUUUUUUUUUGUUCUAUCAAAAUGCACUAAUCUCUCAAACUUGACACUUAAUCUUGAGUAAAAACACUAAUUUAUUUUGAAUUAUGAUAUUUUUUAAUAUAAAAAAGAAUUUAAAGCAAUAUAACCAGUGUCCUAAUUUAAUUUUUUUUUUUUUUCGGCUGGAGCCGAUUUUAUUAAAAAUUUGUUAAAAAUUGUUUUUAAAAAAGUCUAAAAAAGUAGCCCUCCAAGGAAAAUACUUGGAAGGCGAAAAAAUAGUGUGGCAGAGAGGUUUUUUACCUGUACUGAUCUAAAAAUGCUCCGAUUGUAAAUUCUCUAAAAAGCAAAAAUUAAAUUCACGAUCUAGGUGCAUCAGGCCUAUUUACUAAUUUAGCAAAUUGCACUAAUCUCUCAAAUUUGGCACUUGAUCUUGGUGGAAAUUAUAUUGGUGAUGAAUGUACGUCAGGCUUUAGUUCUGCUUUAGCAAAGUGCACUAAUCUCUCAAAUUUAAAGCUUAAUCUUUGCAAAAAUUAAAUUCAUUAUUAAGGUGCAUCAGACAUAUGUUUUAGUUUAGCAAAUUGCACUAAUCUCUCAAAUUUGA